AUGAAGUUUCUCCGCUUCCCGAUGCUAGUUAUGAAAGAUAUUUUAAGAAACAUGGAUCCUAUUGUAUUAAUCAACCUAUCCUUACUCUCUAAGAAAAUGUCCAUCCUGAUUUCGUUUGGAGACUCAUCUCGAUUUAAAAUAUCAUUAGGUGACUACCUAACCAUUUCUUGCGGUCUAGAAUCUUAUAAUAUUUAUUUGUGUCGAGGAAAAUCAAAUGUUGUGGCGGUGAAAUGUUUUGGAGGAAUGUCCAGUGUGAAUUGGAAUGAUACAUGGCCUAAACUCUUAUUUCACAUUCUAAAAGUCUUCAAGUGUCCAAUCACGACAGUCACUGGAUUCCUAUUGGGUCCUGUUAAGUUCAAAGAGGCUAUGCAGCAAGUGAUCCGUGGAAAUUUUGAGAUACAAGACAUGGACCUGAAAAACUCUUCGAUGGAGAGCGAUGUGUUGGGAAGAAUGUUUGAAGAGGCGAACGUCACUGGUACAUUGACUCUUAACCGGGAGUAUGAGUCAACCAUGCAGUGCCCGAAGAAUUUGAAGUAUUUAUUAUCUGAAAAUAGUGAAUGGUUUACAAUUGAUAAGCUACUAACAUCCAGAUGUGUGGUAAUUGAGGUACAAAAGUGUUCGCUGACGAAUUUCGAAUUGGAUGAAUACCUAAGGAAAUGGCAAAACGGGGACUAUCCAAAUCUCGAGUACUUUUUCACAAGUGGGAUGUAUUUGAAUGAUUGGAGUCCGAUUUUGGAAAUGAUGCCACCAAUUAAUGAUAUUAUAAAUACCCAAAUUAUCGAGAAGAAAAUGGGGUCGAUCAAUCGGGCAGUUUUAUACGGUGUCAAAACUCAGCGAGCCGAUGGAGUUGUUGCAUGGGUUCGAAUGGUGCAGUACUGGGAGCCUAGUGGUCUCGUGAUUAUGAAGUUUUCGAUGAUUGUUUUGAAUUAA